AUGGCCCUCCCUGGCACAGAGACGAUUCGGUUUCGCCGUCCUACCGCGGGUCCAAAUGCGGUAGCCCAGUCGACACAGGCGCCCAAGAAAGACGAGUUUGGCUCGAUGGCACCUGUAGGAUUUAAGGCGAGACACCAAGGCUUGCUACAAGAUCAGAGCGGACGAAACCAGAGAGGUCCAUUUGUGCCCUCGUUGUCGCUUGCCGUUCGCCUGCUACUCCUCAUCAGAACAGCGGGCGCAAUGUAUAAUGUCAUUGCCGACUGUGACGAAGUGUUCAACUUCUUCGAGCCUCUCCACUACUUUCAGUACAACCACGGCUUCCAGACGUGGGAGCUCUCUCCGGAAUUCGCCGUGCGAAGCUGGGCCUAUAUUCUUUUACACUGGCCUAUGGCGCACCUCGGACCCCUUCUGUUGCGUCUCGGAAAGCGUCCCGCGUUCUUUGCCCUCAGAAUCUCCCUUGGCGCCAUCUGUUCGUUCUCUGAGGCCAAAUUCUACAGAACUGUUGUAGAAACUGUCAACGAGCGUGUGGGAAGGUACCUGCUCUUCAUCAUGAUGCUGAGUGCCGGCAUGAGCUUUGCCUCUGUCUCAUUCUUGCCGUCUUCUUUCACAAUGUACACAACUAUGCUCGCCUCGACCUUUUGGUUCCAACCGGCAACCUCCACCCCCCAGGGCGUGAGCCGAACCUACCGGGCCACCUUCUUCUAUGCUCUUGGCGCGAUCGUUGGAUGGCCUUUCAGUGCGGCCUUGGGCAUUCCCCCAGUCUUUGAGCAACUCUUCCUGAGCGGCGGUGAGAUUGUUCCCGCGGCUGCUGUCAGUCAGUGGAGGACAAAGAGAUGGGACACCAUGGCCAAGGCGACUGCCUUUGCGGCUUGUAUAGCUAUUCCUGUGUAUUUGAUCGACUCUUGGGCUUACGGAAAGUCCGUACUUCCUACCCUCAACAUCAUCACGUACAAUAUUUUUAGCUCCUCCGGCUCUCCGGACCUCUACGGCACAUCUCCCUCGACCUUCUACUUGGCGAAUCUUUUCCUCAACUUUAAUUUCUUCCUUCCCCUUGCUCUGAUCUCUUUGCCUGCUUUGGCCGUGACAUACAAAUAUGAUUUCAGGAGACUGGGAAAGUCCCAGAGGAAGCCUGUCGAAGGCGAGACCAGUCCCUAUCUGCUUCUGGCUACGAGAUUGGCACCUUUCUACAUCUGGGGAGCCAUCUUGACCGCCCAGGCUCACAAGGAGGAGAGGUUCUUCUUCCCUGCGUACCCGCUCUUGUGUUUCAACGCGGCAGUGUCAAUCUAUCUGAUUCGAGGAUGGUUCGAGCAGGGCUACGUCUAUCUCACCAGGUCUCCAUACAAGGCCAGCAAAUCUCAACUCUUCUCCAAUUUCACUCUCUUCGCCAUCCUUUUCCCCUCCAUCAUCUCGCUCGGCCGAAUUGGAGCCAUGUAUCAAUUUUACCAUGCCCCAUUCGACAUUAUUCUCCACUUUCAAUACGAAACCCUCCCUAGUGUUCUCUCCGAGCUGGGGUACGAGCCUAUAGCUCCACCCAAGGAUUACCAAAAGUACGGUAACGAGGAGUUUGACAUUCAGUGGGACCUUUCACCUCUGCAAGAUUUGGAGGAGCCCAUCACUCUCUGCUACGGUUCGGAGUGGCAUCGAUUCCCUGGGUCUUAUUUGAUUCCCGAGGGUAUCCAGACCUACUGGAUCCAGUCAGAGUUUGAUGGCAUGAUGCCUAGGAAGUGGGAAGAGAGCGCGGCGAAAGAUGGCAGAUGGCCUAGGAGCGAGACUAGGGUCACCAGAGAAGGCCGGUUCAACGGCGAGAACAAGGCUUCGGCCGAGCCUGGAAACUUUGUCGAUCCCAGCGAGUGCACCUAUCUGGUAGCCCUCUCCCUCCCUUCAGCCACCCCCUCCGAGCUGGAGCCAGACUGGGUAGUCCACCCCGACUUUGAAGCUGAAUUCUGUACUCCUUUCUUGGAUGCUGCAUCUUCCAAAUGGUGGUCCCGUUUGAUCUGGCUUCCAGGUGGGCUGUUGGAAAGCGGGAGAGUUUAUGGCAACUAUUGCUUGAUGCGGCGCUCAGGCAAGUAG